AUGGACCCAAUUCAAUUUCUAGUGAACCGAACUGAUUUACCACCAGGAAUAGACAUCAAUCUUGUCACUCCGUUCCUUCUUCCUCUUCCAUCCAAGUUUUCAGACAAUACAGCUUAUAAUAAUAAAAUUUGCAACCAUUAUAAAGAUGUUUCGAACUCCCUUCAAGAAAAGAUUCCAAUAUGCCAAAAGAUGAACGAUGAAUCUGUUGCCGCUUUAGAAGAAAAAAAGCAAAAGCAACCAGAUCCAAUUGAUAAUCAACCUCAAAUACGAAACGAGAUUAUCUUGUAUAAUGUAUUAUUCAAAAUGUUCAAAAAACUCGAUAUCAAGAUCGAAGAGACAAAUUUAGGAGCUUUAUCUCAACAGCUUGAAGCAUUAAAGCAAUUAGAAAUUUUGGCACAAUGGCUGUUUAAUAAUCCAAUGCCAAUAAUUAUUAAUGUACAGCGUGCUGCUCCUCGCCCACUUUCGAAAUCGUUUACUUCGAAUCAAACUCUUUAUAAACAUUAUAGAAUUCUCAAAAUCGCUUUACGUGAACAGAUUUCGCUUAUAAACCACAGUCCAUCUAUCUUCAACAUGGCUUCCGAGAAUAGAGCUUUUCUCCGAAAAGUUGUAGAUUCUGCCAUGGCAUCUCGUAAAGCAAACACUGCUUACUUCGAGUCUCCUGUAAUAGAAGAGAAACUCUUUACAUUUUUCGACCACGUGAACUCUCCCAUUUCUCGCGCAGGUUUAAUUCCGAUUAAAGUCGAAAAAGAUACUGAUGCUGCCAUUGAUUGGAUUAGGAGAGCAUCAGAUACUCUUGUACAGUUGGAUGGAAUCCAAAUCUCUGACAGAAAAGACGUAAUCAACGUUUUAGUCGCAAGAUAUUUCUUCGAACGCACAUAUCCUUUAUUUGCACCAGAAUUACACGAUGAUACAAUCUUCUCUCAAACACGCCAGAAAAUACGUCAAAUGAAUCCGAAAGAAGCUAAAAUUCCUCUGAAAUACGUCAAUCCGAACCUUUUAGACAAACCAGUUACCGAAAUAUUUACUUCUUCAUCUAUAGCAAGUGCACCUGUCGGCUGGAUGAACCUCAUGGAGUACAAACUCUGCCCAUUAGACGUUGCUUAUUGUAUUUUCAAAGUCCAUGAGAGUUUAUCAAUUGCGGCUACUCUACAAGCCACAGAAAAUAGUAAGGGAACUACAAGCGAAGAUUUCUAUUCGAAAUUACCAGGUUUCGAUGAUAUCUUCGAUUUAUGGAUUUGUCUUGUUGCUACAUCCGAUAUUGCUGAUCCUUGUGGCAUGAAUAACUUCAUUGGUGAAUGGACAAGACUCCCUGGCUUCCCUCAAAGAUUUGUCGCAUGCUGUACUUAUUUGGAGGCAGCUGUAUCACAGAUCAAGGUAAUUGGUGGUCAGGAAUAA